AUGGAAGAUAAGUCCCUGAAACAUGCAUAUGGAAUGGUGGAGAAUGUCCUUGUAAAGGUUGAAGACCUUUACCUCCCUACAGGCUUCGUGAUACUUGACACUGGAGAGGACAAGAACAACUCCAUCAUCCUAGGAAGGCCCUUCCUAGCCACUAAGAAUGCCUUGAUUGAUGUUGGAAGGGGAGAGCUAAUUCUGAGGUUAGGGGAAGAUCAUAUCCUAUUUAAGAUUUCCAACUCUCAAUCUCUCUCAACCAAAGGAGGAGGAGGUCUUAAGAAGACGGUACCCAAGGGCUGGAAGAACAAGAAGAUUCCGACUGAAGACUUUUCACCUGGCAUGAGAGUAGUCUUCACAAGAAAUCCAGUCAUACAACAUACUGUGAACCGGAUCCUGUCUCUGGAGUAUGUUGAACUGAUUCAUGAGAGCACAGGAAGAAAGUUCACCAUGAGGGGUGAAGAUUUGAGCCCCUAUGAACCUCCGUAA